AUGUCCUCUUCCAACAGCUCAGUUGCGCCCAGUACUAGCACACCACCCGUAUCAUCUCCCACACUGGCUGCUGGCACCACCAUCACGCAGGACAUCAACACCAUUCAUCAGCGCAGGCUGGUAACAAUUACGGAGGGAAUCACUUUAAGCCCUGAGAAUAUCACAUCCUGGAUUGCAGACCUGGGAGCCAAUGGUCGGUGGCCUAGUUCUGAAGUGGAUUACACUACCGGAUGUGAUGCAGAAAGGUCCAACUGGCCUGCUCAAUUGCACUGGCAACGCAUCAGUACCAUGGCUGCUGCUUGGCAUGGCGGUCUCAGCGGGGGGCAGCAAUACGUCAAUGAUUCCAAGACCUUGGCCGCCAUAUCACUUGCCAUGGACUAUUGGUUCGCUAAUGAUUUUACCAACCCUGCAUGUCUAGAUUAUGGAGGCACUCCAACCUGCCCUUGUGGCACGCCGGGAUUUUGGAACACCAAUUGGUUCUCCAAUGUUAUCUUAAUCCCUGAAUUUGUGUCACAAUCCUGCCUCCUGCUGAACAACACAUUAACACCUACUCAGCUUGGCAAUUGUACUCACAUCACCCUCCGUGCAUAUGGCACGUUCGACCACUAUGUCAAUGGUAUAGGUUAUAUCACUGGUGCGAAUGCAUUAGACAUUGCGAAAAUUGGCAUCGAUGAAGGUCUUCUGGUUGUCAAUAUCUCCAUGAUCGUAGAUGCCUUCACGAGGAUCCAUGAGACUGUGGUUAUCGAACAGCCUGUUGGAUCUGAUGGGAUUCGUCCCGACGGAUCUUUUGGUCAACACCUUGGGAUCAUCUAUAACGGCAAUUAUGGGAAAGACUUCUCAAAUGACGUUCUUGAUUUGGAAAUUGAGGCUGCAGAAACGCAAUUUGCCGCUAACGCAACUUCCAGAACUGCACUUGAAACUCUAUUCGACGGAAAUCGGUGGAUGAUUUUCCGUAACGUUCAGACCAAUGUAUCGCAUUGGGAUUUUAGCGUCUUAGGUCGUUUCAUCAGUUUCCCUGUGAUUGACGAGCAGGCUACCGGUAGCAUCAAUAUGAACAUUUCAGAAGUUCAGCAACUCGGAGAGGAAUGGAACUCUACUGUUCUCCUUGAGUUUUCUUUGACCGUAUCUGCCAACGCAACCGAUGCAAAUGUGGGUGAGCUCCACGGGAAUCGUAUGUUUUUCGCAAAUGACUACAUGGUAACUCGCGGUCCAGGUUAUGUGACCACAGUGAGAAUGUACUCCAAUAGGACAGUCAACACAGAGUGUCUCAACUCUCAAAAUCCUUUGGGCUUCCACCUCUCUGAUGGCACUGUUUACACUUACCUUCAAGGCAAUGAAUAUGAAGACAUCGCUGCCGCCUGGGACUGGAACCUCAUCCCUGGAAUUACCGUCGACUAUAACGCUACAAUACUUGAUUGUAACCAUACUUCAUAUACUGGUCAAGAAGCCUUUGUCGGUGGCGUCUCGGAUGGUCAAAUUGGUGCCGCAGCAAUGCGCUACACCAACCCUGAGAGUGGUUCGAUAUCCUGGCAAAAGACAUGGUUUUUCCUGGAGACCGAUGUUCAACAUGUCAUGAUUGCCAACAUUUCGUCUGCCACUGCAGCCCCCGUGUUUUCGGUUCUUGACCAACGACGCUUCGGAGGUGGUGUUUGGGUCAAUGGAGCAGAGACUUUUGGUGGCAACUACACAAAUCCACAUACCAUGUGGCAUGGCCAAGUUGGUUAUGAGUUUCCAGCUGCCAAUGGGACAUAUGGACUCUCCGUUGAAUGGGGUAACCGCACUGGUGCUUGGUCAAACAUUGGAAGCUCCACGCAGCCUCCCGAGACGGUCGAACUCUUCGCCGCAUGGCUCUAUCAUAACAAUCUAUCCGCCCCCGUCUCCUAUACAUCUUAUCCUGCGGUUGACUACGGUACCUUCAUGCUCAAGCGGGCGGCCACCCGGUUGCAAGAAAUUGAGAAUAGCGCAAGUAUUAGCGCGUUGCUCGAUAAAGUCUAUCGAACGGUAACAGCAGUACUUUGGAGCCCCUCUGGUGGUUCCUUCACCUUCCAGCUGGAUGGCUGCGCACCAAUCACCGUCACAGCCAGUGCAAAUGCCGCCAUUCUCUAUCGGGUAGAAUCUGGCACUGUGACAGUCUCGGAUCCAUCACAGACACUCUCUGAACUCACUAUAGAAAUGACCGCUGGAGAUGGAGUUAAACCGAAAGGGUGGAGUCUUCAGAACACCCUUAUUAUACAUUUCACACUACCUAGCAGCGGUUCGGCAGGAAGUAGCGUGACCCGCGUAUUAGGGAAGUAG